AUGUCGCGUUUGAUAGUCAAGGGGUUGCCCCAGUAUUUGACCGAAGAUCGUUUGAAAGAGCAUUUCACUCAACGGGGAAACGUUAGUGAUGUAAAACUUAUGAAGAAACGGAAUGGAGAGUCUCGAAGGUUUGCGUUUGUUGGGUACAAAUCGGAUGCUGAAGCCGAGAAAGCGGUUAGAUUUUUUAAUGGGUCAUUUAUUGAUACUUCUAAAAUCUCAGUAGAAGUUGCCAAGACGUUCUCUGAUCCCACAGUGCCGUUAUCUGUUCGAGACAAGAAGAGGUUGAUGUCGCAGAGAUUGGCAGAAACGGAGGAUAGAUUGGUGGAACAGGAGGAGAAGCUAAGGGGGAAAAACAAUCAACAGAGGAAUAAGAAGUCCAAAAUUGAUGAAGAAAUAAAUAGUAAUCCACAAUUGAGAGAGUUUAUGGAUGCCAUGAAACCUAGUGCUCAAACUCAGUCGUGGGCCAAUGAUGGAUUAGCUGAUGGCUCUGGAGCUCCAGGAGUCAAAGAAUUAGAGGACGCCCUUGAUGAAGGUCACAGCGGAAAGAGGAAGGAAGUAUCGCAGUCUAGGGAUAAUGACGUAGCCCUAGUUCCUGAGAACGAGAGUGACGACGAAUACGAAGACUUUGGGAAGAAGGUGAAAGAAAACCAGGAAGAUUACGAGAAAGGAGAAGAUGAAGAGGAGGAAGAAGAAAAAAUGAUAUCUUUAAGUGAGUUACCCCUGGACUCUAAAAUAGCAGCCGAUGAAAACGUUUCUGAUAUGGAAUGGUUGAGGUCUAAAAGGAUUCGGAUGAAGGAAAACGAAAAUCAACAAGAAAAAACAGAUAAGCCAAACGAUCACAGUACAGAAGGGCAUGAAGUUAAUGAAGGUAUGGACAUUGACAAUGUCGAAGAAGAAGAAGAAGAACAACAACAACAACCUGUAAAGGGAAUCCAAUUAACACCAGAACAAGAAAGUGCAAGCAAGAUUGCUGAAACCGGAAGACUCUUCAUUAGAAACAUUCUUUAUGAUGCUUCCGAAGAUGAGUUUAGAAAAGCUUUUGAGUUGUUUGGAGAGUUGGAAGAAGUGCACAUUGCUAUUGAUACCCGUACCAACAAAUCUAAAGGGUUUGUGUACAUUCAAUUCAAGAACCCCAAUGAAGCAGUCUCAGCAUACAGGGCCAUGGAUAAGCAAAUCUUCCAAGGAAGAAUUCUUCACAUUUUACCUGGUGAAAAGAAGAAAAGUCAUAGAUUAGACGAAUUUGACUUGAAAAAUUUGCCCUUAAAGAAGCAAAGAGAAUUGAAGAAGAAAGCUGAAGCCGGUAAGAGUCAAUUCAGUUGGAACUCAUUAUUCAUGAACCAAGAUGCCGUGAUGGAAUCUGUUGCAUCCAAAUUAGGAGUUACGAAAGCACAAUUGAUAGAUCCUCAUAGCUCCAGUUCUGCUGUUAAGCAAGCAUUAGCUGAAGCUCAUGUCUUAGGAGAUGUUAGAAAGUACUUUGAAGAUAGAGGAGUUGAUUUAACUCAAUUUCAAAAGAAAGAACGAGAUGAUAAAAUCAUUUUGGUUAAGAACUUCCCCUUUGGAACAACAGCAGAAGAAUUAGGAGAAUUAUUUUCAACAUAUGGCCCUCUUAAGAGAAUCUUAAUGCCUCCAGCUGGAACUAUUGCCAUUGUUGAAUUUGUUGAUGCACCAAGUGCCAGAGCUGCAUUCACAAAGUUGGCAUACAGAAGAUUCAAAAAGGGUAUAAUUUAUUUGGAAAAGGGUCCCAAGGGUCUCUUUAUCAGAGAGCCCACCAAAGCAGAAUCAUCUUCAGCAGUCAAUUCUGAAGUUAAGGAUAAUUCAGUGGUGGUGGCUGCUGUCACUGCUGACGAUGUAUUGGGGACUUCUUCUUCGAAGGAAGUUGAAGAGACAGAAGUUAUUGAAGGUCCUACCGUUUCAGUGUUUGUUAAGAACUUGAACUUCUCCACCACAACUGCACAAUUAGGAGAGUUCUUUAAAGGUUUACCUGGGUUUGUGGUUGCUACUGUUAAAACCAAGAAGGACCCUAAAAAUUCUUCUGCAUAUCUCAGUAUGGGUUUUGGUUUUGUUGAAUUUAAGACAAAGGAACAAGCAGAAGUAGCCAUUAGAACUUUGGAUGGUAAGACUUUGGACGGUCACAAAUUGCAAUUGAAACUUUCCCACAGACAAGGAAGUUCCACCGGAAAGAAUAAUAAUAAUAGCAGUAAUAAUACUCUGUCCAAGUCCAACAAGCUUAUCAUCAAAAACUUACCAUUCGAAGCCUCCAGAAAGGACGUUUUGGAGUUGUUUGGAUCUUUUGGUCAAGUCAAGUCCGUUAGAGUUCCUAAGAAGUUUGACAAAUCUGCCAGAGGGUUUGCUUUCGUUGAAUACACUUUGACCAAGGAAGCAGAGAAUGCCAUGAACCAAUUAGAAGGUGUCCAUUUGUUAGGAAGAAGAUUGGUUAUGCAAUAUGCUGAACAGGAAUCUGAAGAUGCCGAGGCUGCCAUUGAAAAGAUGACAAGAAAGGUUAAGAAACAGGUGGAUACUCAACAAAUGGCUGCUGCCAGAUUAGCAGGAAAGGGUAAGAUUGAUUUGGAGGAAGAAGAAGACGAUGACACUCCAUUUUAG